AGGGCUUUUCAAAUUUCAAAGUAAAUUGCAGAAAGAAAAACAUGAAUAUAUUUAUUAUAAUAAAAUUAAUUUAAAUUACACAAAAAAUUCUUGGCUUUCCUAGAACAAAAAUAUAAAUCAACCUGUAUAAAUAAAAUAGAUACAAAAUAAAUUUACAAAUAAAUAAAUUUAUUGUGAAGCUCAAAAAAUAUAUACACAAACAAAAAGAGAACCCCACUCACUACAGGAAAGAAGAAGCAGAUGAAAAAGCACUGCGUACAUAUUUGAAUCAUUUACAAUUUGGUUUUUGAAGUGCAACCAUCAUCAUUACGCGAAGUCGAAAAAAUUGUGUUAUUUUCAAACAAAAAGGAGCCGCAAUAUAAAUUUGUAAUUUAUUUAACAAACAUUCGUAAUUGAACAAAAAAGUAUUAUAAAAGUAUAUUUUUAAAAAUAAUUUGUGAUUAAACAAGAAUUAUUUGGAAAAAUUGUGAAAUUCAAAAGAAAAGUUGACACAAGAAAAAAAAAAAAACAAAAAAGAGUCCUCUUAAAGAAGCGUGAGAGAUACAAUUUGAAUAAAGAGAGUUUUUUUUCCAGAGCGAGGUGUGUGUGUGAAAAGUGUGAUAAAAACCCCAUACGUCACUUUUCGUUGAAAAAUAAAUUUUCACAACCAAUUGGACAAACGAAAGAAAAAACAUCCUUUUUCUCUAUUCUACAAAAAUGGAUUUCAAUUUUACCGAUUUGAAAAAGGAAGCUGCAGCCACAGCUGAUGACAUCUUCAGUCAUUCAAGUGAAGCAGCCAAACAAGUGGGUCAGGAUUUGCUAGGAAACCUGGGUGGGGGAGGUGGACGUCAAGAUGAUAACUCACACACUGAGCAAAGUUUUGGCAACGACCAAAAGGAAAUGGAUUUUGAACAUGUAGAUCCACAGACUUUUGUACAACGUAUGUCGGCUGGAGCCAAAGAGGCCCAGGAACAAUUGGAUGCCAAAUUUUCACAAUCUAAAGAUGAGUUGGAAGAUUUCUUUGGUCAAACCAGCAAUGCAGCCAAGCAAGGUGUGGCUGCUGCCACCAAUGAUUUCAUGAAUGCCGAACGCGGUUUUAUGAACGCGGCUGGCGACAAGGCCAAGGAAAUUGAGAAGAAGGCUGCCCAGGCGGUCGAUGAUCUUUUCGGUUCACAUUUGGGCAGUGGUGAUAGUAAGUUUGAGGCCUCUGCUCCGUUGGCUGAUAAUGUGCAAUCUGCCAAUAACAAUUUCAACAAUUUCAUGGACGACAAUGCUCCCAUGACGACAUUUGGUAAAACUCCAACGGCCGCUGCCGCUGUUAGCAAAGAUUCAGACAACGAUUCUCCUUCCAUUUCUUAUAAUCCCUCACCGGUUAAGAAAAUACCUGCUACCGAUGCUUUAAAAGAACAGGACAAUGAGAAAUUCAUAUCCUCCGAAGAUCUUUUGGGCGACUUCAAGGAAGAGCGCACCGCUACUCCCGAUUCACAGGCUUCCGCUAAACUUCCCACACAAAUGAAAGCAGCAGUGACAAACUUACCCACUACCGACCUGGAUGUCGAGGACGAUGAUGAAGACUUUGUUCAAGCUGAAAUACCAACUAAACCAGUCGAACAAAAGACUGCUGCGGCUCCUAUUCAAGAACCCACACCAGUUCCCGUGGCUAAACCAGCUCCGAUUGUACCGGAACCGGUUAAAACUCAGCCACCACCAUCACCAGCAACACAGGCGCCAGUAGUUCCAGAAACAAAAACAGAAACACCAACUCCCGUUGUUGUCGACACAAAGCCCAAGACAUCUUCGACUGUUACUACAACAAAAACAGCUACGAAUGCACAACAACCAAAUAUUGUAUCGGUGGAGGAUAUUUUCUACAAAUAUGGUUUGGACGCAUGGUUUAAGCCGGAACGCUUACAUCCACGAGUGGAGUCCCUUAUUUACUGGCGCGAUGUGAAAAAAUCUGGUAUUGUUUUUGGUGCUGGUCUUGUCACACUUUUGGCCAUUUCAUGUUUCUCUGUCAUCAGUGUAUUCGCCUAUUUGUCAUUGAUCUUACUGACAGGCACAAUUGCAUUCAGAAUCUAUAAAUCAGUUAUGCAGGCCAUACAAAAGACCUCCGAUGGUCAUCCCUUCAAAGAAUACUUGGAAAUCGAUUUAACAUUGUCUCAAGAGAAAAUCCAAAAUAUUGCUGGUGUUGCUGUAGCUCAUGUUAAUGGUUUCACUGCUGAAUUGAGAAGAUUGUUUUUGGUUGAAGAUUUAGUCGAUUCCAUUAAAUUCGGUGUUAUUAUGUGGGUCAUGACCUACAUUGGCGCUUGGUUCAAUGGCAUGACAUUGGUUAUUUUGGCCUUUGUCUCCUUGUUCACCUUGCCCAAGGUUUACGAAAACAACAAACAAUCUAUUGAUACUUACUUGGAUUUGGCCAGAAGCAAAGUAGCUGAAGUUACUGAAAAGAUCAAAGUAGCCAUUCCCAUUGGCAACAAAAAGCCCAUUGCUGCUGAAACCGACAAGGACAAGUAAAUUUCAAAUGCAACAAACCAACCAACAACCACAAUGUUGUAAAGCGACAUAAAUUUGUAUUAACAUCUUAAAAAGUAAAUAAAAAAAAAACCAACAGAACAAGUUGAAGACGAGAUAAAGAAAGAGGAGAAAGCAAACAAACAAACGCAACUUUACUAUCUAAUUGCAAUUACAUUUUUUUCUUUGUGUUAAGAUAAAAAAACCCAAAAAUAAUUUACAACAAAUGAAAACCAACAACAACAACAUUUUUAAUAACCAAAUAAAACCAUUUAAACAAACAACAAAUCCUCAAAAACAUAAAAAUAUAUUUCAAAAACAGAAAACGUAACAAAAAAAACUUUAUUGGUAGCACUUUAAAUACAGAAAAUUUUCAAACAAAUAAAACUCUCAACGAACGAUAUACAAUUUUAUUUAUUUUUUAAACUUUUUUCCCUGAAAACACUUCUUUCUAUAUAUUUUGUUUUUCAAAUCUUUUUUUUUUUCAACCUAAUAGACAAAACAAUUAUUUUGACCUCUUAACUUUUAAUCUACAAAUUGCAAACAAAAAAAGAGGAUAUUAAUAAAUAAAAAAUAAAACAUUUUUAUUUAACAAAAAUGUUUGUAAACUGUAGUUUUGACUUUAUAAUGAUGAAGUAUAUUUAUAAAAUUAAUUUUUUUUUUUUGGCUGAUAGAACGUUAUGUGUCAAUAAAAACUAUAUAUAUUUUUUUAAUUUUAAAUUAUUUUUGAAAAUAUGAAUUAUAUUAUUAUGAUGAUGUUUACCAUUAUAACUAAUUGUAUAACAUUUUAUUUGGUAAUUUUAUUAAAACAGAUUUCCUUAAAAAAAAAUUAAGAAAUGAAGCAUAAACCUUUUUAAGGAAAACUUUUUCAAAAAAAAAAAACAAUGCAAUUUCGAGCUGUUUUUAAACUCUUGUUUUUAUUUUCUAUAUUUAUAGUUCUUUAUAAAAUUAAAAAAAAAAUUCCCCAUAA